GGCACCGGGACGGCACCGGGAACGCGCGGAGCGGCGGGGCCACGCCCCUUCCCUUGGGCCACGCCCCCUUUCUCUGGGCGCGAAGGUCUCGCGCGAGGCCCCGCCCCUCCCCUCCGCCGUGAGGCGAUUCCCGCCCCCCCACACCCACCCCCCGGCUCCCCCUCAGCCCCGCGGCGCUCCCGGGACCCCCCGACACCCCCGGGCCCCCCGACACCCCCGGGCGGGCCCCGGGGGCAGCGGCAGCACCGGAGCACCCCCGAACACCAUGGCUGCGGAAGCUCCGUGCGCCCCGGGCGCCGCCAUCCCCCUGCCAGCCCCUGCCGAGAGCGGCUGCUCGGACGAGUUUGCCCUGGACUGCACCUUCGCUGCCUGCGACCCCGAGCGGACAGGGCUGGUGCAGCCGCAGCGGGUGGUGGAGUACGUGGCGGCCAUGACCGGGCACAGCGGGCACGACGGGCGGCUGCAGGCUCUGCGGCGGGCGCUGGACCCCGCGGCCGCGGGCACGGCGCUGGACUGGGCCGCGUUCCGCAGCGCCAUGGGCGCCUGGAUCGCAGCGUGCCGGCAGGACGGGGCCGAGGAGCAGGAUGUGGGCGCUGGCGACGCCAGAGCAGUGCCAGCAGCAGAGGACGAAGGACAGGCAUCCCCAGCAGCCACCGAGCUCCAGGGUGACAACACGGACGUCACCACCCCCAGCGCCGAGGCCGCGGGGCUGCGGAGCCGUGCCCGGCAGCUGGCGGCCCAGAACGCCAAACUGCAGCGGGAUGCUGAGCUGGCCGAGGAGCUCAAUGCCCGCCUGGCCGAGGAGAUCGCACAGCUCCAGGCGCAGCUGCGAAGCAGCAGCCGGCAGGCGCUGGAGCAGGCCAGGGUGGCCGUGGAGGAGCUGGACGACAUGAAGGCCGUGGUGAAGCGGCUGGAGGAGGAGAACACCGAGCUGCGGCGGCAGGCACGGCACGCGGAGAAGGAGCAGCGCAGCCUGUGCUUGCAGGCCGAGGGUCUACAGGAGGAGGUCAGCCUUGGCCCCGGCGGCUGCCCCAGCGGGGCAGUGCCACGGGAAACCCCAGCCCUGUUUCACCCCCGGCAGAACCAGCGGCUCCUCGCCGAGGGCCAGGGCCUGCGGGAGCAGAUCCAGGCGCAGGCGGCUCGCAUGGCCAGCCUGGAGGCCCAGCUCUGCCGUGGCACCGCCCUGCUCUCUGCCCGGGACGCGGCCCUUGCCCAGGCAGGGCAGAGGGCGCAGGAGCUGACGGCAGCGCUGGAGGAGUACGAGCGCAUGGUGCAGGAGCUGCGGCUGGAGACGACGCGGCUGAGGCAGCAGCUGGGCCAGAUGCGGGACGCCUGGGCCAUGCGCCCGUGGUGCCCCCGCGGCCAGCUGGACACCCCGGCCACGGCCACGGCGAGCCCGGGGACAGGGGACAAGGAGGAGGAGGAGGACACGGGGACGGCGCUGUGCGGAGGAGGAGGCCUGGUGGGGAGCAGCGAGGAGCUGGCCGAGCAGGCGCCGCGGUCGCCGCUGUCACCGUGGGCUCUGGCGCUGCUGGCGCUGCUGGCCCUGCUCUAUCUCCUGCCCCGCCAGUGGCCCCAGCCCCAGCUGCGCUACCGGAGCCCCCCGCCCCUGUGAGACCCCCAGUAAAGGCCGGCUGGGCUGUACCAGCUGCCCCAAACACG